UAAAUUGUUCUUUAUCACGUAGGAUGGCAAUUAAGACAUAUUUUACCCCUAGAAUACCUCCAAAUAAUAAACUACUCCAUGAUAUAAUUUAUCAUUCUCGAUGAUCAGAUCCACAGUAGAGUAUAAUUUGUCAUCCUCAGCUCGCACUAGAAGCCGAAAGAUAGAAGGGAAAAGGAAAGUGUCAAACAAAGAAACAUUGAUCGUGUCAUUGAGUGCAGUGAAAGAGGCGGAGGAGGAGGAGGAGAGGCAGGCGGGAUGCCCAACCCCGUGGCCGUACUUGGUGAAGAAAGGAGAAAGAAAGACGACGGUUAAGACGGAGAACGGGGAGGUUUCCACCGUGAGAAUCAGCGACGGGAUAGCCAACGGCUGGUAUCACAUCGAGUUCAUCACGUUGGAGCCAAACUCCGUCUUCCUCCCUGUUCUUCUGCAAUCAGACAUGGUGUUCUAUGUCCACACAGGAAGUGGGUGGAUUAGUUGGACGGAUGACGAUAAAACAAAGAAAGUUGAAUUGAGAGGAGGAGAUAUCUACAGGCUGCGCCCUGGGACUCUGUUCUAUAUAGAAAGCAGCUUAGAGAUGGAGCGCCAGAAACUAAGAAUCAAUGCCCUCUUCGCCAAUGCAGAAACUGAUUUGCAUGAACCUGCAGCAACUGGGCCGUACACCAGUAUACGCAAUCUGAUUCUUGGCUUUGACAGGACUGUCCUGGAAGCAGCAUUUGGCAUUUCUGGGGAGCCUAUUGAAGAACUGGUGAGCAGUCCAGAUCCUGGAGCGAUAGUUCAUGGAUUUUCAAAUGAGAAGAAGACUACAGUGGUGGUGUUUGAAUUCAUGAAAGCCAUUUUCGGUAGCAGUAACAUAUUCCAGAGCCAAAGCAACAAGAAGAAGACGAAAACGUACAAUGUUUUCUCCCACGAUCCGGAUUUCGAGAACUGCAACGGGUGGAGCACGGUAGUAUCCAAGAAACAGCUGUCUGCGUUGAAGGACCUUGACGUUAGCGUUUUCAUGGUUAACUUAGCCAAGUCUGUUUUCUUCUCCUCUACUAUCUGCACACUCCAAACCCUUCAAGCCAAGCACUCCAGCCCAUCAGCUCCUCUCAUACACCUGCAUACCACUCAACACACUAUUGAUUAUGCAGCUGCUACUAUCAUCCACAACUUCCACCUUCAUCCAUUUUUCCAACUUCAUGCUCCUCAGAAGAACAAUCCUCAGCUUUCAUCCUUGACCAGUCACCUAGAGGGAUCCAAGCCUCAUGUCCAUCCCUCUCAAUGA